AUAGCAUCUCCCCCUUCCCUCCCUCCUUCCUCCGCCUCGCCAUUGCCGUCGCCCUCAGAGCCAGCCCGAAAAACGCAGGCGCGCGCGCGGCGCGCUUCAUGCCCCCGCGGAGCGCGCGCCCAUGGCGUCCGUGUCCUGCUCCCCGUGCUCGACGCAGGCCGCCCGUCACCUCCUCCCGCUCCCGCUCCAGCUCCAGCUCGUCCGCCGCCUCCGGAGGCUGCCGCUCCCGCAGCUAGGCCUCUCCUCCCCCGCGCGGAGGGGAGUGCCGCUCCCGCGGGCCGCGGAGGGGGCCCACGGGCGGGCCGCCGCCAAGGAGGAGGAUGAGGUGGAGGAGGACGACGGGGCCCGAGGGACGGAGGGCGCGGGGGCGGCGAGGGGCUCCGGGCGGUUCGCCGCCGACUACAUCUCGCUCGGCAUCAGGGAGCCCGUCUACGAGGUGGUAGAAGUGAAAGCCAAUGGAAGCGUGUCUACCGAAAAAAUAAGCCGCCGGCAGCUACUCAAAUCAAGCGGCCUCCGUCUACGAGAUACACGAAGCGUCGACCCAUCACUAUGGCUAAUGAACUCAAUGCCUUCCCUGCUGGUACGUGAGCAGGCCAUAUUACUCAACCUUGGUUCCUUGCGAGCAAUUGCUAUGCAUGAGCGUGUCCUUAUAUUCAAUUAUAACAGCCCAGGAGGAAAGGCCUUUUUAGAGCUAUUACGACCCCGGUUAAAUCCAAGGAACAUCAAUGGUGGGCCUGCGAUGCCUUUUCAACUCGAGGUUGUUGAAGCUGCACUGCUUUCUAGAAUACAAAGGCUGGAACAAAGAUUAAUGCAUGUCGAACCUCGUGUGGCUGCAUUGCUUGAAGUUCUACCAAAUCGGCUGACAGGUGAUGUUUUGGAGCAGCUUCGUCUAAGCAAACAAUCAUUGGUCGAGCUGGGUUCACGAGCAGGUGAUCUUAAACAAAUGCUCAUCGAUCUCCUAGAAGACCCCCAUGAAAUUCGUCGAAUAUGCAUUAUGGGGAGAAAUUGUACGCUGGAUAAAGUGAGUGAUGAUAUGGAAUGUUCUGUUCCAUUAGAGAAGCAUAUUGCCGAAGAGGAAGAGGAAGAAAUUGAAAUGCUAUUGGAAAAUUAUCUUCAAAGAUGUGAAUCAUGCCAUGGUCAAGCAGAGAGGCUUCUUGAUUCUGCAAGAGAAAUGGAAGAUUCAAUUGCAGUGAACUUAAGUUCCCGACGACUGGAAGUAAGCAGAGUGGAGUUGCUUCUUCAGGUCGGAACAUUCUGCGUCGCAGUAGGAGCUUUAAUUGCAGGGAUAUUCGGCAUGAACCUUAAAUCAUACCUGGAGAACAACACGUGGGCAUUUUGGGCGACGACUGGCGGAAUAGCAGUCGGAGCAGUAGCCGGAUUUUUCAUCAUGUACAAGUACCUAAAGGAUAGGAAGAUAUUGUAAAAAGACCAUGCACCAUAUGCGGAAUCGCCUAGAAAUCUAGAACUGUAAAUAAAGCGGUUUUGAUCUCGUCUGGAGGCAUGUAUGGAUUCUCAUGAAAUUGUCAUGGUAUGCUGGUGGGUUGCUGAUACCGAUUAACCGAUACCAACUUGGGAGCAAGUAUUUCUCUGCUACUUUGCUGGGAAUGUUAUCCCCUUAUUGAGCUGACAAGUGAAAAAUAUGGAACUUAUUGAUGUUACUGUUGACAUUGGAAAUUCAUUAACAUGUCCAGAAUUCAUUUUU